AUUUCUAGGUCUGAAUUAGAAGAACGACGACUUUUUUUGCUGAGCGAAAGCAGUUCUUCUUCUUCUAUUGGUGUUUUUUCUUGAAGAAAAAGGUAUAGUACACCACCAUAAACUGGUACCUACUGGCUGCGAAUUUGAAGUUGAACAUUAAGAGCAUAUCAAUUUGAAUUCCGGCCUCUUUGCCAGUGUUGCAAAAAUAUUUCCUAGUGACCAGUAUGCAAAGCCGUUUUCGAGAAGAUCUUCUAAUUCUAUCCCGUUGCGGCGGACCACAACUGCAGGCAGAACCCUUCGGCAACCGCUACCGGCUCGGAGCAAAAAUUGCUUGAAGAUAUCGUGGCCACCAGCAAGAGAAGAGCGUGGUGAGCGACGAAAAAAAUGGCGCCCCGCGCACGGCUAACAUCGCUGGUGCUGACAGGCGUGUCCUGCUGGGACGCGCAAAAUGACCCCACCCGGGAGUUUCCGAACGUCAAUUUUGCACCGACGAACUCGCCGUCUUUGCUCCGAGAAAAGUAUUUCACGUCCGGCGGAUCGAGUUCAUCUUCCGCUGGAGGUUCGCGGGCCAGCAAUGCUGCGGGAGGUGGAAAUAAGCAAGGAGAUACAAAUUCAAAUAAACACAACCAUCAAGAUGCGAAUCAAAGACGAGAGAGGCGAGCCGGUGCGCGCGACCACGAAAACAAUAAUUACAACAAUCCCUUCAAGGACUGGAGGAAUAAAAAGCCGAUCACCGAACUCGAGUUAUCGCCUGAGGACAUCAUCCAGCGGCGGGCGCUCCGACAGGCGGCGAUCGAAUUUUCCAAUCGAAAAAUGUUUGCCAAAUACGGCCACGCCAGGAAGUACCUGAAUCCGCGAAUGGACGAACCGGGCCAGGAUGAAUAUUUGAGUCCCGACGAAGUGGCGGCUCUCUCGUUGCAAGACUUCACGCACGCUCCAGGGGAAGCGCGGGCGACCGAGGAAAAACACCUGGGUGCCGCUGCGGCCGCGGCCCUGCAAGUUGAUGGGCCGACCAACCACGAUAGGUCAAGCGAUCGGAAGUUGGGGAUUCAAGAGCCGGGAGUCGUGAACCCGGACGGUGUGGAAGCAGGAGGAGGUGUAGCUUCUCCGGAUGUAGUUGUUUCGGCGUCGUCUGCAAGCAGCUCAGUGGACCAGACCGAGGCUGUCUCCUCCUCCGGCACAGCGAGCAGCCGCGAAGAGGAUACUAGUGCCUCUGCGCAGCAGCAGCAACGACAGAAACUUUUCGAGUCCGUGGUGCACAAUGCACGGGCCUCAGAGCGAAAGCGCAUGUUGCAGCACAAACCGGCGAUGGUGAAGUCCGUCACUGACAUAGCGAGACAGUACCUGAGUCAGAUCGUAGAAACAGCGGCAACAGACGCAUCGUCACCGAACGAAGCUGGUGAAACUCCAUCGCGGCGGUCCUUAGGAGAUCCUAGUAGUAAAACAGCCGGCAUUAAGAAUAGUGCUGUACCUCCCGUCGUACCAGGAGGACUAGCAACUUCCAGGCGCGGCUACUUGAAUAGUCUUGUGGAGAAAACACUUUCCGUGCUAGAGAAGACACACGACGACCGCGAGGCUCACAAAGACCCCAAAACAUCUUCCUCACCGGCGGCUUCAACAUCAAACAUAGCAGCAAGGCCAGGGGAGAGCGGCAGCGACUACGCGCGCAGACUGCAAGCAGAGGUCGACGGCGCUUUGAAUACCGUCGUUUCCGAGGAGGAAAGGCAAACCGCCGAAACCGCAAGUCACGAUACCGACUACAAGGAAAUCGACCGUUCGGUGUUCUACAGCCAACUGGCCGAGGUAGAAGCGGUGCUUCGGCACCUAACGACCGGGACUUAUCAAAUGUAAAAAUGUCUGGGUCUGGAAGAUUGCGAGAUUUGUCAUGCAGAUUUUCCAUGACCCAUGAGGUCUGGAAUGCCGGGCCUAGCAUGACAGAGUCUGUAAGGUCUCUGCCAUGCCUAUCCCGCAUGAGAAACUACCUCCCAACUUGGUCGAAAGUGGACAGCUUUUGGCACUCAUGCAACACAGAUUUUUGCAUUAUUCGGAUUUAGCAUGACAAGUUUUAAUCUUCCAGACCCAGACAUUUUUACAUUUGAUAGGACCGGGAGCGCCACGACCGCGCCGCCUGGUGGAGCAGUAAACGCGUAUCCUGUGCAAAAGUAUCGUACUCGUACUAAUUGCUUUUAUGCAUUGCAAAUAUUUUUCUUAAGGCAAAUCCGCAUUACAAAUUCAAUUUGUAAUGCUGAGCUAAUUUGUGUUGCAAUUUAUACUAGUACGAUGCUUUUGCAGUUCAUAACGCGACGUCCACGACAACGACCACAACCUUGGGAUGCAUCCGCAACUGUUGCGAGGACGUGAAAAUAUCCGUGCGCAUCCUCGCGGACGAAUACAUGGAUUUGGGGCUGGGAGUGGUAUUUUUCUCUUUUCCUGCUGGGCUGGUCAGCUGCUUUUCUUUGAGAACACGACUUACCAGCACAGCACGAACACAAAGUUCUGCUUCGAAAUUCAGGUCGUCCUUGAGGACAUCGUCGAAGUGUCAUUGUCGGAAAUAACAGAAAAAAAUUACCCUUUUUACUGACCAAAACAGAACCUGCGCCAGACCUGGUCUGACUUGAGCAAGACGGAGUGCCAGAAGGUGGACUGCCAGUGCGAGAUGAUUUCCGACUGGGUCGAAACACAGUGCAUUUUUUACGUGUCGCAAAUCAUAACGUCCGGCACAGAAGUGCAAAACUACUGUACCGGUGCGGGUGGGACAAGGUCACUCUUCGAAAAAGCAUACUGUCCUGCCGCUUGCUUGCCCGUAGAUUGCAACGACCAGCAGGGCCAACAGUGCAUGGGAACGUGCGGCGACUUUCUCGGUAUAGGGAAUUUUGGAAUACUAUUGGAUUCUUCGCGAAAAAGCGAAAGAAGAUGCGAGGUUGUUAAUAGCAUACUGGAUGUGACUAGUCUCAGGUUGCUCUUCAAUCUCCUUCUCUCUAAAACAAGUAUAAAAUCGCACUAUCUACUACAGAUUGCCGCUGCAGUAACCGUUUAGGAGGCUCUAAGCCGCCACGGUGUGAGGGGCUUACGGAAAUCACGAAGGAACCGUGUUACGAGCCACCGGGAAUCUGUGCCAUGCACACGCCCUCCGUCGGGCAGUGCGCGCCUUACCACUUUUGUCCGAAGAAUUUGUGCAACAUUCUUAAUGUGGUGUGUGUGCCAGACGAUAUGUGCCAGGGGGACGGCAUUUGCAUUCCUAGCACUGGACAAUGCGUGUACCCCAACCUUGCAAAAGGGACGCCCUGCGAGGAUAAUAUCUUCUACACCUACAACAAAACCUGCAACGGCAUGGGGACAUGUGUCGGUAUAGUGAAUUUACUUUUUUAGCUCUUCAUCACCAUCUACACCGGCCAAAGCCGAAAAUCGAUGUUGCUUACUGCAUUUUGAACAUUCUUGCAUUGUUUUUGUUUUGAUGCAAAAAACUAAAACAAGCUUUAGCUUACCACCAGCAGUACCCACGCCGGAAAUUUCAACUUUUCAGGUUUGGUGAACAUGUGCCAGCAGCACAACAUACAAUGUCGCUCGGGCGUCCCAGACUGCACCUUCCUUCCAGGGAACUGCCAGCCAGAAACAGGGCGGUGUGUCUACGAUUUCAAGCCGGACGACACGGAGUGUGAUGACGCGCGCCCGUACACAGUGGGCGACCAGUGUCAAAAAGGUGCUUACAAGUUGUUUUGGUUAGUACAACAAAAAUCGCACGAUAAUUUUCCUGUUUUUUUUUCCGUCAGACGUAGAUUGCGCAUCUUCGUACCUACUAUUUUCUUCAGGUCUGUGCGUUGGGACCAUAGUGGAUCUCUGUGCGAGCGUGGACUGUGCGCCGGUGCAGUGUCAAGACGAAGGGACCUGCCACGAUACGUGUUUUGGUACCUGUGACAAGUCCACUGGUGCGUGCAUCUAUCCAAGAAAACCGAACGGGGUUCCAUGCAACGACCGACAGCCCGACAUUGCAGGCAGAAAGCCCGUUUGCAUUGACGGUGUUUGCGUCGGAGACCCAUAUUUUGGCAACCCGCAGUACAGAACCGUAGGGGAGGGCCAAUGCGUGGACAACCUUGGUAUAACAGCUAUUUUCUUCACUACAGAUGAGGAUUCUAGAUCUAGUACAUGAUGCAGAGAAUCUGAUGACUUCAUGUUUUUUCUAUUUGAAAGAAAACGUAGACGAAACUGAACGGACGCAUUUAAGUUUCUUUUCGUGAAUAGAAUUCUUAUCCACCACCACUACUACAAAAACGUAGGUUUCCGCAUGAACGCGCAGCAGGGAGACGUGGGGGAGGAAAAGGAGUGCAAGAGGCUGUGCACGAUGGAUAACCAGUGCAAGGGUUACAGCUUUGCCUUUCCUGUGUGUACGCUCUUCGGGACGGUACGGUCCACGACAGACAUGCCUGGGUGGAACAUGCUCGAGGGGGACCAGACCCCAGCGCUAGAGAUCGAGCAAGUUCUGAAGCCCCGCCCCGGUGAACCGCAGUUCGUGUGUCGGAAAAAGGUAAAAGUACAAAUUUGUGUUGUCGUGUUAGUCUCAUGUCAGAUUCAAAUCUCUCAACGACUUUUGCUGGCUGAACUUCUGCCUUCGUGAACAAGUUGUUGAUCCAACACAUGACGAACAAAAACGAUCCACAGGCUUUUGAGGGCGAUCCCGAAAGUGUCGGAUUUACGGCGCUGAGUAUCCUGAUAGGCUGGGGUGGCUUUUCGACGAUUUUCAGCAUAAUACUCAUUUUCUACUUCCGUGUGACGAUAUGGGAAGCCAUGCUCGAGGGGAAGGACGCCUUCAUGCGCAGAAAAGACGCCAUGAUGGAGAAAUACCGUGCGGGUCGCCAAGUCGACCGUACUUUUUGUUCAUGAUUUUUUGAUGAAUAAUUUUCAGUUGAUCUUCUCAUAUGAAAUAAAAAAUUGAACGUGCUGCACUGUAAUAUCAUCCGAUGACAGACUCUACUCAUGAUGUACAUGAUAGACAAAGGCAAAGUAAGGAUUGAUUUCCUCCUAAACGCCAAACAGCAUAUUUCGGCGAGGAAGUUGAGUUAGAGAUGGUGAAGGACCGGGACGCGCAGGGUGCCAUACAGGACACGAACCCGCAGGGCGAGGUGGUUGAGAAGAAGGCCCGCGGACGCAAAAUAGUCCAAGACGACGAGGGCAACGAGUACAGCGUCAGUGGGACCCCUUCCAGUGGCUCACAAGGGUCGGCAGGAGGGUCCGAGGAGGGGGACGAAGCACGGUCCCGGAGUCACGAAAGCGGCCAGUCAAGUGGCGGGGACCGACCGGACCCGGCCACGAUCGGGAGCCCCUCCAAAGUGACACCCGAACCCGGGGAGGAAGGAGGGGAGGACCAGCCGUAACGGCGGUGGGUUUAUCCACGACUCAGAUUUUUUUCGAAACCACAGUUUCAAGAACCUUCAAGAAAUGAUCUGUUUUACUACUUAGUCAGAGAACUCAAUUUGAAAGCUAAAGCAUGGCUUUUGCUAGCAACGGAAAUCCUAAGUUUGACUCAAUUUGACACGAAAUAGUUAAAAGCAGAAUACAACGUCCCAGGGAGGAUUUCCCUUACCUGGGCGAGUCCGCUCGUCGCGCUCAGAUGCUCAUCAUUCUUUGGCUCUCUGCGCUUGAUGAAAGGAAAUUUUUACAGUAGACGCGGCGAGAGCUAGGAAAGACGAGUUCGGGCGGGCGAAAUAUGUUGUAUGAAGAAAUACGAUGUUUUUGAAACUUCGUUUGACCUUUAAUCCUUUUACGAAUCAAAAUCCAAAUUAUUGCAUUUGCACCAGCCAGUGGUAGCUCGUCAUCCCCUUGAUGUAGAUGCCAUUGUGCAUAUUGUCACAACACUUGACAAAUUUACCCCAGAAUUAUUGAAAUGCCUUGUAUUUGCAUUGUGAAGUAAUUCUAAUUGGACAAAGAUCCCUUCCAAGGAAAACGAAAACAAGCUACACCAGCAAU